UCAGCCCCGGGUGAGCCAGGCAGGACCUGGGGCUGUCAGCACAGCCUACAGCUGGAAUUUGUUUGCAAUCCUCAGCAUGAAACGAAGUGAGAAAAUGGGUUGAUGGCUUCCAACACAGAACUGCUUUCUGCUGACGAUUGACUUUUGACCCUUGCUGGCUCUUUGCAUGUAUACAUGUGUAGAUAGGCAGAUUACCCAGACACCAAGACUUAACAAGAGAAUGCACCUUAUAGAUAACAUCCACAUACAAGAUUCUGAACAGCAGUUCUUCCUAUGCCUUCUGAAAUACAUCUAAGGGAAGUGACACUCGAUCUUUUGUGAAUGCAUUUAUAUUUAUUGAGAACGUUAGUACCAACUGGAUUUGUGAAAAAAUAUAUGCAUAUAUUGUGCUUUUUACAGUGCGAAUACAGCAGGGGACAUCAUCAAGACACAGAGUAAUGUGAACACACUGAUUCUCAAAAGGCAGAAGCAGAGCAAGGAAUUUUUGUUUUUGUUCUCUUAUUUUAAUCUUUAGAAAUCUUUGGAAGUAUUUAACUGUCAGCAUUAAUUUCAGCACUACUAACUGAGCACAAGGACUUAAGACGGGUGUUAUCAGCAUUCAUACUGCUUUAACUGCAUAUGUGGACACUGAACCAGGAGACGGAGAGUGAGAGAGUGAAUAAAGAAAAUAAAAUAUUUUCCAUCUUUCCUUCUAUGAUACCAGCCUGCACAAUUUCUAUUCAUGCAUAUUUUAAUUUAUUUAUACCUGUGGAGUGUUUAGCUAAGGUAUGUUAUCCAGGACAAAACCAUUAAAACUUUUAUUCUGAAAUAUGAGCUAACAGCUCGAUGUGCAAAAUGGGCUGCACUGAAGAAAUUCCUUUUCAGCAUGCAUGGGUCAAAACGACAAUAAGAAUUCAUCUUCAGGACUGUUAGCACCUUGUUUAGCAUGUGCGGAACAGCAAACCAUUUGUUAUGUCUGAACGAGAACCGAAAAUAUAAACAGGAUCAGCUGCAUGGCAAAGAAAGUUGUAAAGAACUCCGAUUUGUGUUUUUAUUUAAUGACUGAUCCAAGCCUUGUUUUUGCUGCUUCAGCUGUGCUCACAUGGACAUGCUCACAUAAAGGCUCAGGCAAGAGGGAAGACUUCUCAAUGAAGUAACCCUUUCCUGCUUGCAGCUACAUCAUGAUACAGAUGCUCAAGUGUUAAUGGGUCUCUCACCUUCAGCAAUCAGAAUUUUUUACGGAAGGUAUGCAUGAUUGGAGGAGAAUAGUUGGAAGCCCAACCUCCAGAUCCAAAGGGAAAAGCUUGAUUCCCUGACAUUGUAAUGUAGCCUCUUCCAACACUAUCUAGGUGACUAUGUCCAGGUUUACUGUGCUCCUGGUUUUGGCAGCUUUGUCUGCAGUGAGGAGUAAUGCUAUCAGUGUCCCUUUAUCCCAUCAGUCUGCCUGCCCACAACAGAAAAGGAAGCCGGUCUCUUCCAGAGGUUUUGUAAACAUCACUGAGACGGGAGAGAAAUGUUUGAAGUGGACUGAAGUACCAAGUUUCUUGGAAAGAUACCGCAGGAAAGGACUUGGGCACCAUAACUUCUGCAGGAAUCCUGAUGGUAGACUCAAACCUUGGUGCUUUUUCCGAAAUACCCAGGGAAGGGUAGACUGGCACUAUUGUGACUGCAAUCAGGGGUCAGUGCGUCUGCAUGGAGGUCAGAGCACACUGGAUGGCACUGUAGAAGUUUAUUUAAAUGGAGGCUGGGGCGUGAUCUGUAGCAGCCAAUGGGAUGAUGAAGAUGCAGCAGUUGUUUGUCGACAGCUUGGGAAUGGGGAAAAGGGCAGAGCAAAGCACGUGACUGUUUCUGGACUACGACCCGUCCCAGUUCAAUGGAGUGAUGUCCAUUGCCAGGGUAAUGAGGAGAGUGUAUUGCUGUGUGAAAAGAGCGUUUGGACAGCUGGAACGUGCCCUCAUAAACAGAUAGCUGCUGUGUCUUGCCACCCGUUUGAUGACCCUGUGUUUGUUCCAGUUCGUUUGGUUGGUGGGAGUUCCAUCAGAGAAGGAAGAGUAGAGGUCUACCAUGGUGGGCAGUGGGGCACAGUUUGCGAUGACCAGUGGGAUGAUGCUGAUGCUGAGGUUGUCUGCAGGCAAUUAGGCCUUGGUGGCAUAGCCAAAGCGUGGGACGAGGCCCACUUCGGAGAAGGUACAGGAACUGUGUUGUUGGAUGAAGUGCAAUGCACUGGAAAUGAGCUCUCUCUGGAGCAGUGUGUGAAGAAUGCCUGGGGCAAGCAUAACUGUGAACACAAAGAAGAUGCUGGCGUCUCCUGUUCUCCUGUUAAAGAUGGGACUUUGCGACUUGUAGGAGGAAAAGGCAUUCAUGAGGGUCGCAUAGAAGUAUACUAUAGUGGACAGUGGGGAACAGUUUGUGAUGAUGGGUGGACAGAAUGGAAUUCAUAUGUUGUCUGCAAGCAACUGGGAUUCAAGUAUGGAAAAAGUGCCCUCAGCAGUCACUUUGGAGAAGGCACAGGUCCCAUCUGGCUGGAUGACGUUAGCUGCUCUGGGAAAGAAUUAAAUUUCAUGCAGUGCCGAACACGAGAAUGGGGCAAACAUGACUGUACACAUGAAGAAGAUGUUGGAGUCCUUUGCCAUGCUGAAAAUAGCAUCCAUGGAACCAUAUUUGGCCCUCCUAUUCGACUAAUGGAUGGGGAGAACAAGAAAGAAGGACGGGUGGAGAUUUUUAUCAAUGGCCAGUGGGGGACAAUUUGUGAUGAUGGAUGGACUGACAAGAAUGCAGCUGUGGUCUGUCGGCAGUUGGGUUACAAGGGAAUAGCCAAGGCAAGGACAAUGGCAUAUUUUGGAGAGGGGAAGGGACCAAUCCAUGUGGACAAUGUGAAGUGCAUGGGAAAUGAAAGAUCAUUAGCAGACUGCAUCAAACAAGACAUUGGAACACAUAACUGCCGUCAUAGCGAAGAUGCGGGCAUCAUUUGUAACUAUACUGCAAAGAAGCCUUCUGGGAUUCGACAUAAAAGUCCACUGCCUUCUACAUGUGGUCUACGACCAACAAACCGCAGACAAAAACGAAUUAUUGGUGGAAAUAAUUCCUUAAGGGGUGGCUGGCCCUGGCAAGCUGCCAUCAGGCUGAGGACUUCACAUGGAGAUGGACGACUACUUUGUGGUGCCACACUCAUAGACAGCUGCUGGGUCCUUACUGCUGCACACUGCUUCAAGAGGUAUGGCAACAACACCAAAAACUAUGUUGUGAGAGUUGGUGAUUAUCACACACUCGUACCUGAAGAGUAUGAAGAAGAUGUUGGUGUGCAGCAGAUUGUAAUACACAAGGGUUACCGUCCAGACAGUAGUGAUUAUGACAUUGCACUAGUGAGGCUUCAUGGUAAUCAGGACCAAUGCACUAGGCUCAGUGCACAUGUAUUACCUGCUUGUUUGCCGCACAGGCGAGAAAGAGCACACAAGACUGCACCUAACUGUUUCAUCACUGGUUGGGGUGACACAGGAAGAGCUUACUCUAAAACUCUACAGCAAGCUGCUGUCCCUCUUCUUCCAAAAAGGAUCUGUGAAGAACGCUACAGGAACAAGUUCACAAGCAGGAUGAUUUGUGCAGGAAGUCUAUUAGAUGACAAACGAGUAGACAGCUGCCAGGGUGACAGUGGUGGACCAUUGAUAUGUGAGCGUCCUGAUGGAAGCUGGGUAGUUUUUGGAGUGACAUCCUGGGGGUAUGGCUGUGGGGUCAAAGACUCCCCUGGUGUCUAUACCAAAGUCUCAUCUUUUGCGUCUUGGAUUAAACAAGUGACCAAACUGUAAACUGCCUCACCAAGGAAUAAAAAAAAAAUCCAAAUAAACAGAGAUACUCACUGUUAAAGAGAAGAGUACAAACCACAGGAUGGUUGUCUUCUGUGAGAUGGAAAGGAAAGUGUCACAUUCCUUGUUGUUCUCUGUUGGAAUCUCAUGACGACUUGAGAAACUUAAAAAUGUGGCAGCUGGAUUACGGAGCACUGAUUGUUGAUUUUUGUGCUGAUAGUUUUGAAGUGUUAGACUGUUUUUUGUUUACUCUUCCUGACUGUAUUGUGCUGGUGUCAUUUAGAUUCUUUGGAGUAAUCAAAAUUAUGGCUGAUAACCUCUUACUGAUGUAGAAGUUUACAGAAACAGCUCCAAGAAAUCAGUUUCAAAGUUUCUUCACAUCAGCAGAUUCCCACUACAUUUGCAGGAGUUUCAGUCAUUGCUGUACCCAUGGCUAGCACUAUAAACUGAAAGACAUUACAGAUAAAUAAGAUAAACAUUCUUGGUCCAUAAGCAUUACAUUUUACUGAUUACAGUUAAUAUAUCCUGACUGUUUAUGGGUUCCCAUCUGAGUAUUUCUUUCCCAAAGUGCUUUCCAUUGCCAAAGGUUACUGCUUGUAUUACUUCCUGAAAAAUAUGAAUGCUGUCAUGUAAAGAAGUACAAAAAGGAAACUGUAAUGAGAAGGGAAUGAACUCAACAAAGGAACAGUGUUGAGAAGAAGGUUCUUUUUAACACCCGUUACACAAUACAAGAUAUUUUGUAUCAGGGACUACUGCAAACAAGUAUAAAUACAUCCUAGAAAAACUUGAAUGGCCAGCAUCAUUCAAACCGAGCAGUGCUGCUUUUAUAGUGCUAUAUUACUUGCUUUCUUUAUAUUCAUUUAGUAUGCAUUUUCUCAUUGAUGUUUAACAGACAGUCAAAAGAACCAGUUGAGUAUAUUUGUAGCAAUAUAAAACUAUGACAUUUUCCUGGACAUCUAUACUUGUACACAUCACAGUUGAACAUAAUGACUGCAAAAAACACACCUGUUCUCUAGGCCUUGAUCUACAUAUACAAAAAGUAUAUUUUGCAAGCUGCUGUGCAGAUCUUUUUUUUUGCACCUGUUAAUAUGAAUAUGUAUACUGUAGAUGUCUAAAUGCAAGUAAACAAAUUAUCUCA